AUGAUGGGAAGAAAGGGCAGCUCCAAGCUGCAGUCUACAUUCAUUUUGGUUGUCAUGGUGAUCGCCAUAACAAGUACUCGAAAAUGCGAAGCUGUUGCGCGCCGCAUGUUACAUCUUGGCGAUCCAUCGACAAAGGGAGAGGGCUAUGCCCAUGGAAAAGGGCUUAUAGGUGGGCAUGACGACGACUUUCUAAAGGGAGAGAGAUCUACUUAUGGGGAAGAAUCACCGAAGAGUGGCUUAAAUAAGGAGGGUUUGGAUUAUGGAAAAGGAUUGUUGCCGCAUGAUGACAAGUUGGGAGGCCUAGUUUAUGGGAGAGGAUCUUCUGAGCAAGAUGGCAAAGUGGAAGGCUCAAGUUAUGCGAAAGGAUCAUUGGGAGAUGAUGGCAAAGCAAAAGCCUCGGCUUACGGGAAAGGCUCUUUGGGAGAAGAUGGAAAAUUAGAAGGCUCGGGUUAUACGAAAGGAUCAUUGGGAAAUGAUGGCAAAGCAAAUAGCUCGGUUUACGGGAAAGGCUUUUUGGGGGAAGAUGGCAAAGUGGAAGGCUCAGGUUAUGCGAAAGGAUCAUUGGGAGAUGAUGGAAAAACAAAAGGCUCGGUUUACGGGAAAGGCUCUUUGGGUGAAGAUGGAAAAGUGGAAGGCUCAGGUUAUGCGAAAGGAUCAUUGAGAGAUGAUGGCAAAGCAAAAGGCUCGGCUUACGGGAAAGGCUCUUUGGGAGAAGAUGGCAAAGUGGAAGGCUCAGGUUAUGCGAAAGGAUCAUUGGGAGAUGAUGGAAAAGCAAAAGGCUCGGUUUACGGGAAAGGCUCUUUGGGAGAAGAUGGCAAAGUGGAAGGCUCAGGUUAUGCGAAAGGAUCAUUGGGAGAUGAUGGAAAAGCAAAAGGCUCGGUUUACGGGAAAGGCUCUUUGGGAGAAGAUGGCAAAGUGGAAGGCUCAGGUUAUGCGAAAGGAUCAUUGGGAGAUGAUGGAAAAGCAAAAGGCUCGGUUUACGGGAAAGGCUCUUUGGGAGAAGAUGGCAAAGUGGAAGGCUCAGGUUAUGCGAAAGGAUCAUUGGGAGAUGAUGGCAAAGCAAAAGGCUCGGCUUACGGGAAAGGCUCUUUGGGAGAAAAUGGAAAAUUAGAAGGCUCAGGUUAUGCGAAAGGAUCAUUGGGAGAUGAUGGCAAAGCAAAAGGCUCGGUUUAUGGGAAAGGCUCUUUGGGAGAACAUGGCAAAGUGGAAGGCUCAGGUUAUGCGAAAGGAUCAUUGGGAGAUGAUGGAAAAGCAAAAGGCUCGGUUUACGGGAAAGGCUCUUUGGGAGAAGAUGGCAAAGUGGAAGGCUCAGGUUAUGCGAAAGGAUCAUUGGGAGAUGAUGGAAAAGCAAAAGGCUCGGUUUACGGGAAAGGCUCUUUGGGAGAAGAUGGCAAAGUAGAAGGCUUAGGUUAUGCGAAAGAAUCAUUGGGAGAUGAUGGAAAAGCAAAAGGCUCGGUUUACGGGAAAGGCUCUUUGGGAGAAGAUGGCAAAGUGGAAGGCUCAGGUUAUGCGAAAGGAUCAUUGGGAGAUGAUGGCAAAGUAAAAGGCUCGGUUUACGGAAAAGGCUCUUUGGGAGAAGAUGGCAAAGUGGAAGGCUCCGGCUAUGCGAAAGGAUCAUUAAGAGAUGAUGACAAAGCAAAAGGCUCCGUUUACGAGAAAGGCUUUUUGGGAGAAGAUGGCAAAGUGAAAGGCUCAGGUUAUGCGAAAGGAUCAUUGGGAGAUGAUGGCAAAGCUAAAGGCUCGGUUUAUGGGAAAGGCUCUUUGGGAGAAGAUGGAAAAUUAGAAGGCUCGACUAACGGAAAAGGCUUUUUGGGAGAAGAUGGUAAAUUAGAAGGCUCGGCUAAUGGAAAAGGCUCUUUGGGAAGAGAUGUCAAAGUAGAAGGUUCGUUUUAUGGGAAAGGAUCUUUAGGACAAGACGACAUAGAAAAAGGCUCAAUUUAUAAAAAGGGAUCUUUGCGGCAUGAUGGUAAAGUAGAGGGCUCGGUUUAUGGAAAAAGAUCGUUAGGAAAAGAUCACAAAGUUGAAGACCUGACUUAUGGAAAAGGACCAUUAGGGCAUGAUGGUGGAUUAAUCAAUGGGGAAGGCUUUACUCAUGGGAAAGAAUUUCAAGAUCAUUAUUGGAAGGAUGAAGAUUUACCUCAUGGAAAAGAAUUUUUGCCAUACGAAAACGAUCAAUUGAAGGGAGAUGAAAAGACAUGUAAAAAGAAAUCUCAAAAGAAAGAUUCUUUCUAUGAGAAAGUGAAGCACGCCGAAAAGCAAAAAAAAGAUGAAAAUGAAGAAUUCAACAAUGGCUACAACUAG